GGCGGGCGGGGCGGGCUGUGCCGCCGCUCUUAAAAGCGGAGCGCCGGGCUCCUCGCUGCAGUGUGAGAUCCGAGCCGGACAGACCGAGCAUCAUAAAGCCGAACCGAACCUAGGCUAGAUAAACUGAUAAAGCUGAGUUGAGCCGUGCCGAUUCGAACCCAGCAGGGACAAGACGAGCCAAAUAGAGCCGAUCCAGCUGAACCUCAGUGCACCUCUCCGGGUCUAACCGAGCCGAGCCAUGCUGCUAGGCGUGCUGGGUCACCUGCCGCUGGCCCUGGCGCGGGCGGUUCUGGCAGCGCUGCGCGGUCGGCUGAGCGCGCUGUGCUGGGAGCUGACACCCCUCGUUCUGCCCCUGCUCUCCUGGAGGCAGCGGUCGGGCUCCAGCCCCGACACCCGCGCAGCACUCCGGGACGAGAUGGUCCCGACGCCCACCAGCGUCAAUUACCACUUCACCAGGCAGUGCAACUACAAGUGCGGCUUCUGCUUCCAUACGGCCAAGACCUCCUUCGUGCUGCCCCUGGAGGAAGCCAAGCGGGGACUGGCAAUGCUCAAGGAGGCAGGAAUGGAGAAAAUAAAUUUCUCAGGAGGAGAACCAUUUCUUCAGGACAGAGGUGAAUUUGUAGGCCAGCUGGUCCGGUUCUGCAAGGAGGAGCUGAAGCUGCCAAGUGUCAGCAUUGUGAGCAAUGGCAGCCUGAUCAGAGAACGGUGGUUCAAGAAGUAUGGUGAAUAUUUAGACAUUCUGGCAAUUUCAUGUGAUAGUUUUAACGAGGAAGUCAACGUUUUAAUUGGCCGUGGUCAAGGAAAGAAGAACCACGUGGAAAAUCUGCAUAAACUAAGGCAGUGGUGCCGAGAUUAUGCUGUUGCUUUCAAAAUAAACUCCGUGAUCAACAGAUUUAAUGUUGAGGAAGAUAUGAAUGAUCAGAUCAAGGCACUCAACCCUGUGCGCUGGAAGGUGUUCCAGUGCCUAAUCAUUGAAGGGGAGAACAGUGGGGAAGAUGCUCUGAGGGAAGCAGAUAAAUUUGUUAUCAGCGAUGAAGACUUCGAGCAGUUCCUGGAACGCCACAAAGAUGUCCCCUGUUUGGUACCUGAAUCUAAUCAAAAGAUGAGGGAUUCAUACCUCAUUUUGGAUGAAUACAUGCGUUUUCUAAACUGUAGAAAUGGACGGAAAGAGCCUUCCAAGUCUAUCCUGGACAUUGGUGUAGAAGCAGCAAUAAAAUUCAGUGGAUUUGAUGAAAAGAUGUUCCUAAAACGAGGAGGAAAGUACGUGUGGAGUAAAGCAGACAUGAUUCUGGAUUGGUAACUCUGUGCACUGAGAUGUGAUGUGCAUUUUCAAAAGAAGAUUGUGUAUACAUGUGUACAUUUAUUUAGCUGUAUAUAUAUAUAUUGAUUGCUGCUAACUACAAUAUGUUACACUAUACAGGUUGAUGUAUAACUUGAUACAUGAGUGAUUCUAUGAUUUUAUGAUUCUAUGAAUGUGUUAAAUGUUUUUAGGAUGCAGAUUUUGUUCUUACUCAUUCACUGGUUGAAUGUUACUGAGCAGCUACAGAGCUUUCAUAGAAGUAUGAAGGACUUAAUGGCAAACCAUUAGGAUCCUGUUACAUGGUAUCUUACACAGUAUUAAGAUAAUAGAUAAGUGUGGUUGUAGAAAAAAAAACAAACAA